UUCCUUCUGGUGUACGUGUGGAGGCUGGAGUUACUCUUGAAUGCAGCUCGCCAGAAAUGUCACCCGACUUGCAGACAAGGAGAGUAAGCUGCUAUACCCCCUCGUCUUCAUGGAGUAGGCUAGCACUCAUCGCCGCAGGCUCGGCUGAGAGUGAGCUGUGAGUUCAGAUGAAUUGUAGAUACUAGUACGUCGGUCAGCUGUACAUGCAAACAAUUUUGAAUUGAGUAUUUCAACAUUCGAAAGAUGCCUCUGGCCGCGCAGAUUCGCCAGGCGAUGGCUUGGCCAGUGCCGAUGCUCAUGCCGCACACCAUAAUCGCCGCCAUGUUUGGCUACUUUGCUGGAGCGAUGCCAGAGUUACAAGAUGGCACCGAAGAUCUCCAUCAGCUGAGUUUGAUCAUGCCGUUUGUCUACAUCAACCUGCUGCACUGUGCUGCCGUAUGGGCGUUGGUGGUAGCUUGGCGUCUCAGCAUCGGCUCAUUCCUGCAGCCUAUCGAGACACAGGUUCUUCAUACCGAUGUUCUGUGGUACUUCACGUGGCGAGUGAUCUUCUUCCUGACGCAGACGCAUGGCGACAACGCCCUGCUCUGGCUCAUACACCUUGCCGUCUAUUGCUACAGCGACAUGUUCUGCAACCUGCUGGCGACACGCUUGAAACAUACCCCUCAGACAUCGCGCUACCCUAACCGUGUUCACGUGUCAAUUGGCGUUGGUCUGCUGCUGGUGAUGACGAUCGUGCUCAGCUCAAUAUGGACACUAUUCAGCUGGUCAUGGAGUGGAGUGUGUGAACCCACUGUGGCUAUCACCAUGUUUAUUAUCGUGGGAGUGAAGACGAUGCAAGGAAUUGGUGGCCUGUGGACAAUGUACCGGGCUCUAGUUCUGCCCGAGUCUGUUGUGACGCUGCGCGGACAGUCAGCCAUGGGUCUCUACAACACGUUUGAACUGGUGAAGGAAGCUCUCUACUGCUUGCUCUAUGCCCUGCUGGUGGCCUAUUUAGCUUUCUUCAUGAACAUCUACUCAUCAGGUUUAAGCUUAUCCGUGUCACCUGGAUCUCUAAUCACCGCCCUACUACUGCGCCAGUCCAUACAGAGGUUUGGCAAGCUAAGGCAACAGCGACGUAACUACCGGACAGUGCUCACCAGUCUGAGUGAACGGUGUCGAGUGGCGACUGCCGAAGAAUUGCGUGAGCUGCAGGACAAUUGCGCGAUAUGCUGGGAGGAGUUCAGUGCUGAAACAGCCGGCGUACAGAAGCUACCCUGCGGCCAUUAUUUUCAUACUGCAUGUCUGAUCUCAUGGAUGGAGCACGACAUCACCUGCCCGACUUGCCGCACCUCACUGCUGGACAACCAACCGGGCUCACAGCGGGCCAUUGGGCAGAACCGGCCCGGGCCGGGUGCACAGCAACCGCCCAACCGACCCUUGUUUGAUGUGGUCCGCCAUCGCCCGCUAGUGACGGCAGCAGCAGAAGAGCCAGCAGCAGCCGGUGCUGGUGAUGGUCGGCAGGCUACUCAGCAAGCGGAGCAAGACGAUGCAGGCGAUAAUAUCAUUGCCGCUGCUGCUGAUGUCAUUCCAACUGAGGAGGAUGUCAUGGCUGCUGAUUUCAAUUACAUUAGAAACAAUGGUGUGGAGGUUGGCCGGGAUGAUGCCGCUGCCGAGGACACCAUCGAUGGUGGUGGUGAUGUCACUGCUGCUCAUGCUGCUGCCAGUGCUGGUGCUGGUCAUCAGAACAUGCCGCAGCAGCAGCAGCAUGACCCUGCCGGUACAGGGGCACACACUGCUGUGCCAGCUCCGCCAGCACCACCUCAGAACCAGCGACGUGGACGGACUUUUAUUUUAGAAGGCGCACUGUCGUUGCGUUUCCUGCCGCGUAUCAACAUUGGUCUAAUCUGCACCUUGAACGGCGACCCCAGUCAGCGUAUCAUUGUUCAGACCGACGCUGACGCCGCAGCAGCAGCACCACGUCCGCCAGGAGCAGGAGGGAACGUAAACCCUGCGGCGGCUGCUGGUGCGGAGCAUGUGCACCGGCGGCGUCGUCAUCAGCAUCGCCACCAUCAUCACAAUCAUCCUCAUCAGCCAUUGGCGCCGACUGGCACAGCAGGCCACCAGCACCACCAUCGCCAUCCUCAUCCCCAUCACCACCAUGGUCAACCUAGAGCUGAAGCCAGUGCUGCUACCGCUGCUGCUGCUGCUGGUGGUGGUGUUGGUGGCGCGUCGCCUGCCAGUCUUCCCCCACACGGUCAUGCAGGGCAGCGCGUCAUGGAGACAUCAUCUGCAGAAGCCGCCGCAGCAACACUCGGUGUUGGCGAUCAGCUGUCACCUCACAUUGAGAACAUGGUUGAGCAAGUGCACGCCAUGUUCCCUCAGUUCUCUAUGAGAGCAAUUGCUGGCGAUAUUCUCGAAACUCAGGAUGUGGAAGAGACUAUCAAUAACAUCCUGGAUGGUCGUGUUCCAGCUGCAAUGCUCGGCAUGAGUGGCGGUGCAGGAGGCGGUAUCGGUGGUGGUGGUGUUGGGCCAAUGGAGUCUUUCGCCGACCCAAUGUCAUCCGCCGGCCUGGCCCAGUCCUUGCUAGGCAAUGCACUUGUGGCUGGCGGGCUGCGACCGCACGAAAACCGAGUGCAACGCUUCCCAGCAGAGCCAACCGCCGCUGCCACUGCUGGUAAUGCUGGUGGCAGAAACGGAAGAAACAGCAGCACAAGUAGCUUUGGAGACGUGCUGGCGUCCGUCUUUCCGGAUCGUCCUGGUGUCGAUACGACCAUGGAGCAUAUUGACGAAGCUGGCGAUGCUGCUGCUGCCGCCGACGCUGCUACCACACAGGGAGCUACGUCACAGCAGCAAUCGUCCCCGGCAGGAGCAGCGAUGGCGGCAGCGGCUUCCUCUGCGUCGGCAGCUGCUGAGCUGACGCGACUUGCCUCCGUCUGCAAGCAACUCCGUGCCGAUUCCUGCAAACUGCAGGAGCUUGUGCGUCGGCCUCCCAGUGCGGAGGCAGAUGCGGCGAGUAGUUUGCGUGACAUCAUGGAGGCACGGCGACACGAUGUCUUCACGGAUGCGAGAAAGCGAUACUUGCUGCGGACCGAGAGAGAGCUGGCGGACACAGAGGCACGGAUGGCACAGCUAUCCGCCUCCACCACCACGACGACAUCAUCACCAGGGGGCAUGAUGUCAUCGCUGGAUUCCAUGACAUCACCGGUUACGUCAUUUCACAGUUCCUCGCCUGGUAUGGCUACUGCAGGCGAGGCCAUGGCUGUAUCUGCUGGCACGGUGCAGCCGGGAACUCAUCACCAUGGUGAUAAUGUGGGAAGUGACCAAUCAAGUUCAAGUAGUGCGCAUGCGAGUAAUGCGAGUGCCCGUCCACUGUAUGAUGACCUGGAUGUCAUACCGGCUGCCGAUGACGACUCGUCACAUCCUCCUUUCAGCAGUGCUGAGGCAACAAAUGAUACUGGAGAUGAAUAUCUCGCGUCAUCACCAUCUUCGUCACUCUUGUUAUCUGCUGCUGUAGGCCACCAAGAUAGCACAGAGGCUGAAAUGCUACGUCUGCGGAGGCUGCGGCAUCUGCAAGCAGCCGAGCUGCGACAGCACGAUAAUCAGUAAUCAGGAGCGUCAUGUCAUGCCAUACUGAUGCUGGUUCUGCUGUGCCGUUCUUGCGUCUGGAGCGUUGCGUACAUGUCCGUGUGUGUGUGUGUGUAUGCAGUUGUGCAUGUAUGUUUUGUGUGCAAGCGCGCACUUAAUCCGGUCUGCGUAUUCCCAGUGUCCCGGUGCGAGAUUUUCUCCGGUUGAUCGCCUAGCUUGGUUGUGCACUACCCUGCGUUCAGCCCGACCGUCUUGACCAAUCAGUCCGACUCUUGUACAACCAUGUGUGCUGCUGUAUUACCUCACAAUGCAUCGGUUGUCUUCGUAGUGCUGCCUGCCACGUCGCCCAGUACACUGUAGUAGCUGUGCCACGUGACCGACGCUGCAAGUCCUGCACUCAUCUCAGUGAGAGCGCGGCUACCGCGAGAAGCCAGAAGCAGUGUCUCUGCCGCUCUCCGCCCCUCGUCGCUUACUCUGGACGUCUGGACGUCCGCACGUACGCAUGCACGCUACCAGCCUGUGCGAUGGUAUACCAGGACAGGCUGCAAUGCACACCGGCCGCUGCCCUGAAAUACUGAUGACCACCCUGCUAAGAGCAUGCAUAGCGCGUGAACGGGCCAACAUAGCGCCUUCACCAAGGGACAGCUAGCAGCAACAUCAAUCACAAGAGCGGCAGGAGAAAUCUGCAAUGAGAAAUCUGCCACUGUUCGCGUCCUCGACUGCAGGGGCUUCCACUUUUCACUGACGUGCGUCUUGAUAAGUAAACACAGUGCUCUCUCUCUCUCUCUCUCUCUCUCUCUCUCUCUCUCUCUCUCUCUCUCUCUCUCUCUCUCUCUCUCGUCACUUAUUCCUGCGUCCGCAGACCAGAGAAACCCAUAGAUUGAAUGGAAUUAGCAAGCCGUAUUGAUUUGUACCGCCAUGAUGCUCCAGUGCACAUGUACGUUCACACUUCUAACAAUGCACCAUAGUUUUGUUCUGCACGUGCACAAUUUCUACCGUUUAGACUUUUAAAAGAGCCACCGAGAUGGUGGCAGCAGCAGCCACCUCAGCAGCAGUACCAGCGGCAGCAGCUCGGAGCGAUGUUUUCACAUGUUCUCGCAUCACCACAGUAUUGUUCGCUGGUGGCCUAGCUCACUGGCAAAUGCGCCGCUGUGUAUUGGUUUGAUUCGAAUCGCUACUGAUGGUACAGGCUGCAUUUUCGACCCCUGUUUUCGGUUUUUUGUUUCGACCGUUGCGUGCGCCAUUGAUUUGACUCUGCAAUGUACAUGUAUGCCAUACACUGAUGAUGCGAGUCUAUACAAGUUGAAAUUUUGCUCAUAUUUCCGUCAGCAGCGAACAGCAUCAUCACCAUCAUCGUCAUUAUCAUAAUCAUCAGAAUUGAAAUUUUCUCUUUAACCGCAUGUCACCUGCUUGGUCUUGCUCACUCCGGCAAACCUAGCGGAUGUAUUUUAGUAGUGUUGUUUUUACUUCGAAGUACAUUUUUUUCAUACUAGUUGUAAGUUCCUUCUCUCUCUUUCUCUCGCACACAAUACAAUACAAUACAAUAAUGCCCAUCGAGAUGAUGGCAGGUCCUGAAAGGACCGACUCUCGCACACACACACACACACACAAGCACGCGCGCGCACACACACACACACACACACACACACACGCACACACACUCUCUCUCUCUCUCUCUCUCUCUCUCUCUCUCUCUCUCUCUCUCUCUCUCUCUCUCUCUCUCUCUCAGAUAAUACUCUCUUUCUCUCACUCACUCACUCACGCUCAUUCUCUCUCCCUUAUUGUCUGCUUGAGUUGCAAUGGAUUGCUGCAAGAUAAAUUAGAUAAUAAUAUCUGUUUUUUCUUGUG